AUGGAGACAGAGACAACGCCACCCAAAGCGGGCCAUACGGUUCGGUUUUGGGGCAUAUUUAUUGCGCUAUGUAUUCUCUCGUUUAUCUCAGCGCUUGAUGUCGCAAUCAUCACUACAGCCCUCCCUACCAUCACCGCCGAGAUUGGGGGCUCCAAGAAAUACGUCUGGAUUGCUAAUUCUUUCGUGCUGGCCUCUUCGGUAUUGCAACCGCUUUGUGGUCAGCUUGCAAAUAUAUAUGGGCGUCGAAUCCCCUUCAUAACGUCUAUUGUGCUAUUUACACUAGGCAGUGGUAUUGCUGGCAGCGCUACAAGUGCAGCAAUGCUAAUUGCUGGCCGCACAAUACAAGGCGUCGGCGCUGGAGGUAUGUAUGUCUUAACUGACAUUGUUUGCUGUGACAUGGUCCCUCUCCGUGAACGAGGAAAGUAUCUCAGCCUGAUGUUUUCAUGGUCUGGAAUGGCGGCUGCCUUGGGUCCAGUCGUUGGAGGAGCGCUGGCUGAGGCAAACUGGCGUUGGAUAUUCUAUCUUAACAUUCCCAUCUGCACUGUAGCGUUGGGGAUAAUACUUUUCUUUAUGAAGGUAAAAACUUCAAAGCUUGACAAAUCGGGAUUACAGCAAAUCGACUUUCUCGGAAACCUCAUUUUUAUCCCGAGUAUGGUUUCUCUUCUCCUUGGACUGGUAACUGGAGGUAUUGAAUACCCGUGGUCUAGCUGGCGAAUUAUCCUUCCGUUGGUAUUAGGCAUCGUCGGCUGGAUCAUUUUUCAUAUCCAGCAAUCAUUCGCCAGUUAUCCAAGCGUGCCCCCACGCCUGUUCAGCAAUCGCACCUCGGCCGCUGGAUAUCUUUUGGCCUUUCUAUCUGCUGUCCUGGUUCAAGCAAUCUCAUAUUUCCUCCCAGUGUACUUUCAAGCUGUCCAUAGUACAACAACCUUACGGUCUGGUAUCAACUUUCUCCCAUUUGCUAUCAGCACGUUGGGCUCGGCAGUUAUAUCUGGUAUACUUCUAAGUAAAUUUGGCGCCUAUCGACCUCUCCACGCCAUCUCUUUCGCCCUGUCUGCUAUCGGGUUCGGCCUUUUGACUCUCUUGAACGGCGGUACAAAAACUGUUGCCUGGGUCUUUUUCCAGUUGAUUGCUGGUACAGGCUCAGGGAUAAUAUUGUCCGUCAUGCUACCGGCGAUUAUGGCUGCUCUUCCGGAAUCUGAUGUUGCAUCCUCAACUGCAACAUUCAGCUUUAUUCGGACAUUUGGAUAUAUCUGGGGUGUAACAAUCGCCUCUAUAAUAUUCAACGGAGAGGUUAACAAGUAUCUACCGUCCAUCUCGUCGCCUGCUCUGCGGGACCGGUUAAAAGAUAGCGCGGCAUACUCAUUUGCUAGCCAAGCUCAUAAUUUGCGAAAGAAUUUCCCGGAGUCUGUGUGGAAUGAAGCGGUGGAGGUAUAUGUUAAGAGUCUAAGGGCAAUUUGGUGGGUUGGGCUAGGCAUUAGCAUUGCUGGCUUGUUUGUGGUGGCUGUGGAGAGGGAUUUGGAACUCAGACAGAAUCUGGAAACCGAAUAUGGCAUUGAGGAUGAAAAGAAGAGCGACACGGCUACAGACGAAGAGUUUGGCCCGUGA